GGCGAGCACGCGGGCGGUGCAUGCGCCGCGCGGGGCGGGCCGGGCAGAGGCGAGGGGAGCGCGCGCGCCAUGGCGGCCCCUCCGUGCGCCUUUUCCCCCCGCGGGUGCCGCUUGUUCGCCUCGGCCGGGCCCGAUGGGCGGCUCCGCGUGUGGGACACGGCCGGCAGCCGCCUGCAGCACGAGUACGUGCCCUCCGCCCACCUCAGCGCCGCCUGUACGUGCCUGGCCUGGGCCCCGGCGGGUGCGCGGCAGCCCCCCAGCAAGGAUGGCCCCCAGAGGAAAAAACGGAAGUCUGAAGUUGGAGGAGAAGUGGACAAGCAGUUAGAUAUCCUGGCUAUUGGUACAGCAGUUGGUAGCAUUUUGUUGUACAGCACAGUAAAAGGAGAAUUACAGAGCAAGCUAGAUGGUGGUCAUGACAGUAGAGUAAACUGUGUGAGAUGGCAUCAAGAGAGCUGCUGCUUGUAUAGCUGUUCAGAUGACAAACACAUUGUGGAAUGGAACACACAGACCUGCAAAGUAAAGUGUAAGUGGAAAGGCGACAAUAGCAGUGUCACCUGUCUAUGCAUCAGUCCAGAUGGAAAAAUGCUGCUGUCAGCUGGUAGAACUAUAAAACUGUGGGACUUGGAGACCAAAGAAGUCUACAGACAUUUCACAGGCCAUGCUACAUCAGUGUCAUCAUUAAUGUUUACCACAGUGAAACCUACAAAUGAGAGUAAACCCUUUGAUGGAAUUACAGGACUUUACUUCUUGUCUGGAGCUAUACACGACCGAUUAUUGAGUGUGUGGCAGAUCAGAUCAGAUAGGAAAGAAAAGAAUGCUGUGAUGUCUUUCACAGUAACAGAUGAACCAACUUUUGUGGACCUGACUGUAUCUGAAGUCAAAGAAGAGCCGGUGAAGUUAGCAGUUGUGUGCAGAGAUGGGCAGUUGCAUUUAUUUGAACAUAUCUUGAAUGGUUAUUGCAAAAAACCCUUAACAUCAAACUGUACUGUUCAGAUAGCAACACCUGGGGAUGGGGACUCCACACCAAAGCCAGUCCCUAUUCUAGCAGCUGCAUUUUGCACAGACAAACAGUCUCUGCUGCUGGUGUAUGGAAACGCCUUACAGCCCGUCAUAGAGAAAGUGUCUUUGAACACCAGUGAACCCCACAUAUGUUUGGUACGGGACAUCCAGAAAGUGUUAUCACUUAAAACAGAUGCUGCUGUAACAAAGGUAAAGACACCUGUGGUGAACUCGGAGGCCAAAGUUCUAGUACCUGGCAUUCCAGGACAUAGUACAGCUGUCAAAACUCCAGCCCUGGGAAAGGAGAAAAAGAAGAACAAGAGGAAACCAGGAGAGACAGAGGAGAGCAUCGAGGAGCGCCUUGGGGCAUUGGAUAUUGAUGUGAGCAAAGUCAAAACUCCCGGUGGCCUUCCCCAAACAGACAGCUUUGCUGUGCUGCUGGUCCAGGGCUUGGAAAGCAAUGAUGCAGAAAUCCUAAAUAAAGUGCUUAACACAAGGAAAGAAAAUAUAGUAAAGAACACAGUAGCCAGAAUGCCUAUACACGCUGUCAUUCCACUGCUGCAUGAGCUUACAAAGAGAUUGCAAGGCAACCCAUACAGUGCCUCACUAAUGGUUCGAUGGCUGAAGUCUGUUUUUACCGUACAUGCAUCCUAUCUUUCCACAUUGCCAGACCUUAUUCCUCAGCUGGGAAUGUUAUACCAGUUGAUGGAGAGCAGAGUAAAAACUUUGCAAAAGCUUUCCCGUCUGCAUGGAAGACUCUUCAUUCUUGUCACCCAGGUUGCAGCAUCACAAACAGUUCAGGAUGUACCUGAGGUUAAUCAGACUGCAAAGCUGGUCUAUGAGGAUGAGUCCUCAGAGGAGGAAGGCUCAGAUGAUGAGAUGAUUGCAGAUAAAGACUCUGACGAAAACUGGGAUGAAGAUGAAGAAAAAGAGGAGCAAUCUGAUGAACAAGACAUGACUGUUGAAAAGGAAAUCAACGGUGAUUCUGAUUUGGAACCAGAAAAUGAAAGUGAAGAAGAGUAACAGCACGAAAGAGUAAUUUUAGCGGUUUGAACAAGUGGGCCACCAAGCUCUUUGAUUCUGGAUCCUGUUGCUGAAAGAUGCUGUACUUGCAUAUCAGGAGUGCAGAGCAUUGCACAGCCUGUGUGCAGAGGCACCUGUGGGGCACUGCAUUUCUGAAUCCAGAAUGUUUAACCGUGCCAGCCUUCUCUCGCCCUCCUUCCCUGCGCUUACUUAGAGAAACAUUUCCUCCACCUCCUGGUCAGAUUAUGCCUGUCAUGUGGACAUGCAUUUGUAUCUCAAGUGAAAUAAAUCUGCCACCGCUGUUUGUGUGGGAAACUUG